UACGAAUUGGGAUGCAUCAAUAAUUACAAUCUCAAAAGCCUUUUCUUCUUCAUUGAGCUACUAGCAAACUAAGCAACCAAAGAGAAAAAUGGCUGCCGCUUUGAUUGGAGAGGCUUUUAUCUCCGCUUCCAUCCAGGUGCUGUGUGACAGAAUUGCUUCAGCCGACUUCGGUGACUUGUUCCGGCAGAAGAAGCUGGAUGAACCACUCCUCAUGAAACUGAAGACGACGCUGCUCACCCUUUAUGCAGUGCUCAACGAUGCGGAAGAGAAGCAAAUUUCAAACCCUGCUGUGAGAGACUGGCUUGACGAGCUCAAACAUGCUGUCUUCGACGCGGAGGACCUGCUGGAUGAGAUCGACACUGAAGCUUUGCGAUGCAAGGUGGAAGGUGAAGGUCAAACCGAGAAAUUAACCAAAAAGGUGUUGGACUUCUUCUCUCCUUCUCGUAGUAAUUUUUAUCGAAGCAUGAAUGUUGAGAUACAAGGGUUAUUACAAAGGCUGGAGGGCUUUGUGCAACAGAAAGUUGCCCUUGGUCUUACAGAAGUUGUUGGGAGGAAGGUUUCACAAAGAACUCCAACAACUUCCUUGAUUCAUGAACCUUUUGUAUAUGGAAGAGACGAAGAUAAAGAAAAUUUAUCAAAAGUCUUGUUCUCUGAUGAUGUAUCUAUCCUCACCAUUGUUGGUAUGGGCGGGGUUGGCAAGACGACCCUUGCUCGAGCCCUUUACAACCAUGAUAAGGUGAACAAGCACUUUACCCGUAGAUCUUGGGCAUGUGUUUCAGAAGAUUAUGAUGCUAUUAGGGUGACUAAAACUCUUCUCGAGUCGGUCACAUCAAAACCUUGUAACAUGACAGAUUUGAAUUUGCUUCAAGUUGAACUUCGAGAACGACUGAGGGGAGAGAAAUUCUUAUUUGUGUUGGAUGACCUUUGGAAUGACAGCUAUUCUGAAUUGCAGCGCCUGCAAGCUCCUUUUACUUCCGGGGCAAGGGGAAGUAAAGUCAUCGUGACAACACGAAGCGGAAAGGUCGCAUCUCACAUGAAUAAUGUUCUCAUUCAACACUUGAAGCCUUUGUCGCACGAAGAUUGUUGGAUGUUACUUGCAAACCAUGCAUUUGGAAACAAAAACCACAACGCACAUCCAACUUUGGAAGAAAUUGGCAAGAAAAUUGCACGCAAGUGCAAUGGGUUGCCUUUAGCAGCAGAAACACUCGGGGGUCUAUUACGUUGCCAGAGAGACUUCAAGGAAUGGAACAUGUUAUUAAAUAGUAGUCUUUGGGAGCUACCUUGUGAUGAAAGUGGUAUCCUUCCAGCCCUACGGUUGAGUUAUCAUUAUCUUCCUGCUCAGUUGAAACGAUGCUUUGUGUAUUGUUCACUAUUUCCAAAAGACUAUCAGUUCAAGAAGGAAGAUAUGGUUCUACUUUGGAUGGCAGAAGGUUUCAUUCCGCAAGGUUUCAAUGGGACAAGAAUGGAAGACACGGCUAGAAGUUACUUUGACGAGCUAGUAUCACGAUCACUACUUCAAAAAUCAGGGGAGGAUGGUUUUACAAUGCAUGAUCUUCUUAACGACUUGGGUCGGUUCAUGGCUAGGGGAUUUUUUCUCAGGUUGGAAGAGAGGGAAUCACAAGAAGUUAAAAGACUUCGUCAUUUGUCAUAUGCUAGGGGAGAAUUUGAUGCUGCUAAAAAAUUUGAGCCAUUAAAUGGGGCUAAGUGUCUGCGGACCUUCCUACCUAUCUCAAUAUAUGUCGGGUUCUUCCACAUAAGUAAAAAGUUUCUACAUGAUUUGUUGCCAUCCCUGAAACGUUUACGGGUUUUAUCAUUGUCCCGUUAUCAAUAUCUUGCUGAAGUACCUGAUUCUGUGGGCAAUCUCAUUCACCUGCGCUACCUGGAUCUCUCCCGGACGGCAAUUGUAAGCUUACCUGGUGCAGUUUGCACUCUCUACAAUUUGCAGACGUUACUGCUGUCAGAUUGUCGUAAUCUCAUUGAACUGCCAGCAGACAUGAGAAAAUUGAAAAAUUUACGGACGUUAACGUUGGCAGGUUGCUAUUGCCUUACUAAAUUACCAGCAGAUAUGAGGGAAUUGAGUAGUUUGCACUACCUCGAUGUCAGUGGAACAAAGAUAGAAGGGAUGCCAGUGGAAAUUGGAAGACUAAAGAGUUUGAGAACAUUAACUGACUUUGUUGUGGGGAAAUAUACCGGAUCUAGCAUUGGAGAAUUAAGGGAGUUGCAGCAUCUUCAAGGAAGACUUUGUAUUUCAAAUCUGCAAAAUGUAGUUGAUGUUGUGGAUGCUUUGGAAGCCAAUUUGAAGAAUAAGAAAGAACUCAAUGACUUAGAGUUGGCAUGGGGUGAUGAGGAAGCCGAUGAUUCCCAAAAGGAGAGAGAUGUGCUUGACAAGCUCCAACCUUCUGCAAAUUUGGAGAAACUGACUAUCAGAUUCUAUGGAGGAACCAGCUUCCCAAACUGGUUAGGAAGCUCUAAUUCCUUCUCGAACAUACAGUUCAUGUGGAUCAGUGAUUGUAAGUAUUGUUUGUCCUUGCCAAGUUUUGGGCAGCUGCCCACUCUUCAAGAGCUACGUAUCAGAAGGAUGAAAUUUGUUAGGACGGUUGGUGUUGAAUUCUAUGGUGAUCUUAAUGGAGCUUCUGUAAUUCAGCCCUUUCGGUCUCUGAAGACGCUGGAGUUUGAGGAGAUGCCAGAGUGGGAAGAGUGGGAGAAUUGUCGACCGAGUCCAAGUGGAGCUUCUGUACUUCAGCCCUUUCCUUGUCUCCAGAAGAUGAUAAUAAUCGAUUGUCCGAAGCUGAGAGGAUACUUGCCCAAUCGUCUUCCAUGCUUGAAAACACUUAACGUGUUUGGAUGUGGAUAUCUACGUCUGCAUGAUGAAUGGGCCAGUAGUAGUAGUGGUCUUAACAUGGACUACUUACAGAAUUCAUUGGAAAUAGGUAUUGGAGGAUGCCCAGGUCUGUUACCAUUAAUAGAGAGAGUAGAGAAGAAGUUCUUGUCCACACUUUUAAUUUCUAAAUUUGAUGCAAUACAGUGCCUGCCCAAAAUGAAAUAUCUUCGAACGUUGGUAUUCGAGAAUUGCCCAACCGUGUCGUCAUUAGAGUUCUUAUCUCAUGAGAUGAUGGCCGAAUUGACAUCACUUGAGCAUUUGGAGAUAAUCAAGAGUUUUCAUUCAGUGAGGUCCUUCCCGUUGGGCGUUUUCCCCAAACUUUCAACUCUUGUAAUCAAUGGUUGUGAGAAUCUGGAAUCCUUUUCUAUUGAAGGAGUUGAUCAGAACCUAAGCCACCUCAACUCCCUGCGAAUCCACCGCUGUCCAAAUCUGGCGUCUUUCCCGGACGGAGGACUGCCCACUCCCAACUUGAGACACUUGCAAGUCAUUGGCUGCAAGAAUUUGAAGUCGUUCCCCGAACGAAUUGGCACCCUCACCGCCCUUGAAGCAUUGUAUUUAUACAGUCUUCCAAAUCUGGUAUCAUUUGCCCAAGGGGGUUUGCCUCCCAACCUGCGAUAUUUUGUUGUUAGAGGUUGCGACAAAGUGAAGCCUUCAGUGGAGUGGGGAUUACAAGGACUUGUCUCCCUUAAACAAUUUGAAAUUGUUGGCGAGAUCUGGGCGCCGUUGCUCAAGGAACAGCUCCUGCUCCCUACUACUCUUAACUGUCUCGGCAUCUUUGGACUAUCAAAUCUGAAAUCGGUGGUGGACGUAAAAGCACUUCGACACCUCGCUUCUCUUCAAUAUCUAUCUAUUUGUAAUUGCCCAAGUCUGGAAUUCCUGCCACGAGAGGGACUUCAACACCUCACUUCUCUUCAAUAUCUAACCAUUGGUGAUUGCCCAAGUCUGGAAUUCCUGCCACGAGAGGGACUUCAACACCUCACUUCUCUUCAAAAGCUAGAAAUUUCUGGGUGUCCAAAACUCCAAUUCCUGCCAGAAAACGGUUUGCCGCCCUCUCUUUCUUUCCUGGAGAUCUACAAUUGUUCCACCCUGGAGAAAAGGUACGAGGAUAAGAAAGGAGAAGAUUGGGCCAAGAUAUCUCACAUUCCUUGCAUACGGAUAAACGGCGAAGUGAUCAUAUGAGCUCUGUCUCUCUCAUACAAAGUUGUGGCAUUUCACUCUCAGGAAGGAAGACACAUUAUCGCUACAUCUUUAACAUUUUCGGAUGGUAUGAAGAGGAUCAAUCCAGCAUAGUAAGCAUCAAAAGUGCAACAUGUAUAGAAGCCUACGCAAACUUGCAUCCACACUUUCCUCCUCCAUUGGCUUAACGUGGACUACUUACAGAAUUCAUUGGAAAUAGUUAUUGGAGGAUGCCCAGUGCCUGCCCAAAAUGAAAUAUCUUCGAAGAUUGGAGUUCUGGGAUUGCGACAAAUUGAAGCCUUCAGUGGAGUGGGGAUUACAAGGACUUGUCUCCCUUGAAGAAUUUGCAAUUGCUGGCGAGAUCUAAGCACCGUUGCUCAAGGAACAGAUGCUCCCUGCUACUCUUAAACAUCUCCGCAUCGCUGGACAUUCAAGUCUGAAAUCGGUGGACGUAAAAGGACUUUGACACCUCGCUUCUCUUCACCGGCUAACUAUUGCAGAUUGCCCAAGUCUGGAAUUCCUGCCACGAGAGGGAAUUCAACACCUCAUUUCUCUUCAAUAUCUAAUUAUUUGUAAUUGCCCAAGUCUGGAAUUCCUUCCAGCAGAGGGACUUCUCUUCAAGAGCUACGAAUUUCUGGGUGUCCAAAACUCCAAUUCAUGCCAGAAAACGGUUUGCUGCCAUCUCUUUCUUACCUGGAGAUCUACUCUUGUUCCACCCUAGAGAAAAGGUAUGAGAAUAAGACGGGAGAAGAUUGGGCCAAGAUAUCUCAGCAAAGAAGACACAUUAUCCCCACAUCUUCAACAUUUUCGGAUGGUAUGAAGAGGAUCAAUCCAGCAUAUAUAGUAAGCAUCAAAAGUGCAACAUGUAUAGAAGCCUACUUGCGACAUAGGCGGCACAAACUUGCAUCCACACUUUCCUCCUUCUCCAUUGGCAGGCUGUCUCGUUUUCUUUAUUCAGAUACCAGCUUGAAGCUUGCGUUGAUACUUUAUGCCCUUGUGGUUCCGAUCAUAUAAUCGCAGCUGACAAAUGGAAAGAUGUGUGUAGUUAAAUCUUUCGAGUGUGCCAGGACACACUCAUUUAUGGCCUUUGUGGAUGCAGCAGCGAGCAAACUGUGGUGUGGAACUGUAAAGUAGAAUUACCCAAGGGAACAUAUGCUAGCUUGCAUCAAUUACUGAACCUGUCUGGCAUGAGUUAACAGCCGUGGCAUGCUUUUCUAGUUUUCUUCCGAUGUCCUAGUGAUCUUCACGCUGGUGCAACAGAUAUAUCAUAGUCCUUAUUGUGGAACUUAAAGAGGCAAUUGUCUGAGGCAACAGAUGUUAGCUCACAUCAAUUUCCUAAGCAUUUUUGGCAUGAAGAUGAUGCACCUCUAAAGGAAGAUGAUGGAACCCCCGGAUGAUAUAUUUCUUUGUCAUACGGGCGUGGUUUGAAUAAUCGAAAUUCGCCACGUAUUGAGGAUGAAAGAGUUCAUUGUAUUGGGGUACGCGUGGCAGCCGAUAACUGGCCAUUCUUGUAUUUACGUCACAGGAUGUAGUAACUAAUGGUUUGAUCCCUAUUUGAAGUUUGGUCUAAAAUUUGGGUGCUUAUUUUUUA